UUUUCGUAUUCGCAGAGGAGCACUGGGACCGGCACCAGGAAGAUUUCACUGAAAACAAAUGAGGCAGUGGACCCCCAGUGUUAGAUAUUUGGAACCGAAGGAAACUGUCGAAGGAAAACGUUGUGCUUUCUCUUCUGUCUAUGUUGUUCUGCUUUUGUUUAGCCACUAGAGGCUUUUGGUCUGACUUCAAGAUAAGUGCCGGCUUUUUACAACUCACUCCAGUGUUGUAAAAUAUAACAGUCCUAUGUAUAAUAUACUAGCAAAAUAUUUAAGUCUCUCCUCAUUGUUCUACAUUGCCAAACAUAUACAGUAGAAUACAUUGUUCUGUGUCUUAAAAGCUAUUUGUAAUCAUUUUUGUCACACUACUUGCAUUUUGUUUUGAUCUGUGCAGAACUUGCCCCUAAAAGUUAUUAAGUUACACAUGUCUGUUGGUUUCUACACAACAGCUGUGAAACGUAAAGAUCCUCUUUAGAAGCUUAUAAAAAUAAUUGCAUUGCCAGAAACAACCAAUGCAAUCAACACAACACAACAGGAAACUAGAUGACAAAUAAUACAAAAUUAAAUAUCUUACAAAAGUGAAAUAUUAACAAAGCUAUAUAUUGUAUCCAAGCAAUGGAAAAUAAGUUUAAAACUUGAAAAAAAAUACUAUUGUUUUGAAUAAUUGUUAAUAUUAAUAUUGAAUAAAAUGUUAAUAUUAAGAUAAGGAAUUAGUAUAAUAAAUGCGGGAAUAAUUUGACUACAAAAGUCGAAAACUAUUUUUUUUGAAGAAUUUUGUAAAGAAAUAAUACCUAGGCUGUAUAAACAAAGCAGGGUUGCUGUUAGUCCUCCACAGUAGAGGGCAGAAGUUCAAUUCCUCAUAACAUGAGCAAAAGAAUGCGUCACUUCCGGUGACCCACAUUGCAGCCAAUGAGCUCAGUGCAGCUGUACAGGCGGUAGAGAGGCAGUUUAAAUGCUCUUUGCGCCAGUCUGUACUUACAGUAAGCUUUGCAAAGGUGAACAUUGGUAAUAAUAUCUGAAGGAAAAGAUGUCAAGUGAAAGGCCACUUAGAGAGCUCCCGUGUCUAAAUGAGAAUUUGGAGGGAUCGGUCUUCAGGCCUUUGAGAAGCAAAUGGAAACGCAGGCCCUCAUGCGGCGGGGGGCUUGACACCGAAAACACCCCGCACGAGCUCAUCCAGCAGUGGUCACCCCCCCACAAAAAGCCCGUGAUUUCUGUAAAAGGGAAAGAAAACGAAGAAAAUGUGUUUGUUCUUGGCAGACGUCCCAGAAAAAGGAGAGAAUCAUCAGCUGGCUUGUGUUGGGACAGUCUACCAGACGAGCUUCUGCUGGGGAUCCUGUCUCGCCUCUCAUUGCAAGAACUUCUUAGAACAUCUCGGGUCUGCAAGCGCUGGCAUCGUCUUGCGUUUGAUGAAUCUUUGUGGCAAAGUGUGGAUUUGGUGGGAAAAGCUCAGUUAGACGGUGAGCUUGGACAGGUACUUUCAGCUGGAGUUUUGAGGCUGCGCUGUCCACACACUUGCAUCGGCCAACCCGCUUUUAGAAGUACAAAACAACUUCGUGUCCAACAUAUGGAUUUGUCAAGCUGCACGGUAGAAACCUCUGUUCUGGAACAAAUUGUGUCUCGCUGCAGACAUCUACAUAAUAUUAGUCUUGAGGGCCUGGUGCUCUCUGACAACAUUAUUUGCUAUCUAGGUCAGAAUACUGAGCUUGUCCGGCUGAACUUGUGUGGCUGUUCUGGUUUCUCUCCUGAAUCUCUGGCUGAAAUGCUGAAAUCAUGCAAUCGACUUGAAGAAGUAAAUGUAUCAUGGUGUGACUUCAGCAGUGUGCAUGUUCAGGCCAUUUCAAGCAAUAUUCUCUCCAGUGUCACUCAACUGAACAUUAGUGGUUACAGACAGAACCUAACCAUAGAAGAUGUCAAGGCUAUAGUAGAAAGAUGUCCUAACCUCACAAAUCUAGAUUUGAGUGACAGCGUCCUUUUGACAAUAGACAGUUUCCCAGUUCUGCAGCAGCUUUCCUCCCUUAGACAUCUGGGACUGAGCCGUUGUUAUCAGAUUUACCCAGCUUCUCUCAUUGACGUUGGAAAGUUUCCAAAUUUGCAGACCCUGGAGGUCUUCGGGCUAAUACAGGACAGCUAUCUCCCCUUUCUGUGUAAAGGUCUUUCACACAUACAGAUGAACACACAACCUUUCUCUACUGUGGCACGUCCUACUGCAGCUACAAGGAAGGAUCGCACUCUUUGGGGAAUGCACUGCCGGCUUCAGUACAAACAUUGAUGUUUUUA